ACGGCAGCGGGGAAAUCGAGGAGAAAGCAGCGACUAACGCCACCGAGCACGUUACUGCUCAACAACUGUAGGAUUUUUACAAUACUCGCUAAAAUAACAUUUAUUUUGUUCGUUUGUCUGUCGGCAGUGUGGAUGACACUACGUUUGCCGUGUUUUAAGCGCGAAUCUCGCCCUUAAUGCGGUGGGAUGGCCACAGUGCCGCCUGGGCCUAGUAGCGCGGUGCCUUCGUCCCCGGCUCAAGCUGCUCCUUUCCCCGGGGCUGGGGACCCCGAGCCGGGCACAGGAGACGGAGAACCGGCCUGCCAUCUCUCGGACUGUGUACCCGACACAGGAAACAGACCGCUGUCGGUCACCGACGUCAAGAAAUCUGCGAAGAAAAAGCAGAAAAAUAUGCUAGCCCGAGCUAGCCCCGCACUGCACCUUCCAAUGCAAACCCGAGAGCAGCAGCUGAACGGCUUGGCCAGUCCCACAGAGCACGGCCCCACAGAGCACAGCCCCACAGACCACGGCCCGCACACGGACAACCGCCCCGACAAUCCCAGAACCAUCUCGGACAACGGUGACAGCGGCAGCCCCGAGCCCUACACGGACAUGAGGACCAGGAGCGAGCGCUGCCAGCGCGAAGGCCACAGCCCUUUAUCCAAAAACGGCAGUCCGUCUCCGGUGGUUAACAAUAGCAUGAACGGGAUACCGGCUUUUACUAGAACUGAAGAGCCCCCGAGCCAGGCCCUGGAGGAGCAGACACAGGCGUCUGAACACUCUGCGGGGACAGCCGCAGCGGAGGAGCCGCCCGCCGCAGAGCUGGCCCUUCUGCACCUCUCUCCUCCGGUACCGACCGAACCGGAGGACCACGGCAUCCGCUACGUGCGCUACGAGUCCGAACUGCAGAUGCCGUGGAUCAUGCGGCUCAUCACCAAGGACUUAUCCGAGCCUUACUCCAUUUACACGUACAGGUACUUCAUCCACAACUGGCCGCAGCUCUGCUUCCUGGCCAUGGUGGAGCAGGAGUGCGUCGGCGCCAUUGUCUGUAAACUGGACAUGCAUAAAAAGAUGUUCCGCCGUGGCUACAUCGCUAUGCUAGCUGUGGACUCCAAACACAGAAGGAAAAGCAUUGGUACUAAUUUGGUAAAAAAGGCGAUCUAUGCGAUGGUGGAGGGCGACUGUGACGAGGUCGUAUUGGAGACAGAAAUAACAAACAAAUCGGCUCUGAAGCUGUAUGAAAACUUGGGCUUUGUCAGAGAUAAACGGCUCUUCAGAUAUUACCUGAACGGAGUGGACGCGCUCCGGCUCAAACUGUGGCUACGCUAAAGAGACACUAGAAACUACGAGUUCACUUCAGAUACUUUCAACCACACUUACCAUCGCCGCCUGUGUACAACGAGAGACAUAGGUUUGCAAAGACACGCCCAGAAAACCUCCCUCGGACUCCAAACCAGUGUUCUUGAAGCAAAAAAACGGGACUGGUCUUUACUUACAGAGCGCGUAGUUCAAAAAAAACGUUGGACUUACCUUACCAAGAUGGCCGCUUUUUUGACCUGGAAGCGAGACGUAGAACAGGAGAGAGGGCAUCUACAACACCAAGUCAUGCAUCGAAACAACACAGGACUAAAAACAAAAACAAAAAAAACAGCAUUCAAAGUUUCUAAGGUGGAGGAAAGAGUGCAGUUCGGAAUGGAAACGCCAGAUGGAAACAAACAUUUGAGGAGUUUAUUUUUCUUUUCUUUUCUUUUAAACCUUGUAAAAGUGGGCGGAGCUUUUGGAGACGCGUUGCUACGGCUCCGCGUUGCUACGGCCUGGUUUGUUCUGUGUGAGUACAUGGUUGGGUUCACUGUGGGUUGUUUGUGAGGUUUUGUCUUAAGCCCAUUGUGAUUUUUUUUUUUUUUUUUUUUUUAAGUUUGCCAUCUCGUCUCCUUCCUCCUGACCUGAGGACUGUGGACUUAUGCAUGCGUUUAUUUUAACACAAGGGUUUGGAGUGUGUGCUACUUCUGAUAUUUUACCCUCCCCCCCUUUAUCGAAUUCAGUUUAAAGGGGACAUAUUAUGCUAAUUUAAACUUUCCGGGGAGUUUUUAAACCGUUCUGUAACGCCGUCGCCUCAAAAAACAAGCCUGGAGUAGAGUUUUGUUUCAUUUACACGUGCUAAAGGUGCAGUGCGCAACUUUUCCGGCCACUCGCUCGUCUCCAUGGCGAUGUUAUUGCGUUGUCAGGAGUGUUCCGCAGUACGGCGUUAGCAUUUACUUCAUUAAACGUUUAUUUCAUUGCUCAAAUAAACCACUUUUUCCGUGAUAAGUGUCGCGUUUCUACAGAUCCGACCUGUAACUUGGAGAUACGCUUAAUGCCGUACUGUGGAAUAUUCUCGACAGAGCAAUAACAGAAGGCAGAUGACAAGUUCUCCACCAGAAAAGUUACACAUUGCGCCAUUUAAAAUAAGCGUGUUUGGUGAGAUUAUCUCCUAAACGGAUACAAAAAAAACAAAUUAAACUUUCUACGUGGGCAUUUGAAACGAAGAAAAGCUCCUCCAUGUUUUUAAAGUCCGUACAACUUCACUCUUUAAUUGUCUUCGCUACAAAGCAUCUGUUAGCGUCGCACUGACAAUAGCCGUGCUGCUAAUCUGUCUGUUGAAAAUGUUUCACUCCCCACUGUUCCCAGCAGAGGGCGCCCUCAGACAGUUAAUUCAAACAAAUGCAAAGUAAGAAUGCUGUAAUUGAACCUAGUUUCGAUACGUUAUUCUAAAUUAUAAUAAAAAGCUACAAUCUCGCAUAAUAUGUCCCCUUUUGUAUUUUUCACUGAUUUAAAACAAAAAAGUAGGUUUCAUCCUUGUAUUUUCAGACGAUUUUUCCCAUUUUUUCCCCCGUAUUGCACUGCCACCUGCUGCUAAACUAUAUAAAAUGAGAAAGACCGUUGCCAAAGUUGGUGUGGUCGUGUCCGCCAUUUUGAGUUCAUCCCUCGUUAAAGGUGCCACUCCAUCAGCACAGCCUCGACAUGCUGGAUAAAGCCAACGCAACACUGCAAAUAAUCAACAACGGGGUGAAAUUACUUUUAUUAAGAAUGUUUGUCAUGAUUUGAGUAGAUAUAUUUACAUCACUGGGCUCGUUCCGUGGCGUUUUUCCGCUGGUUUCGCGAUCAAUCGGCUUCUAAUGAAAAAAUGUAUCGUCUUAUUUUAAAUUAUUGGGUUGAUCUAGAUCCAAAAACACAAAAUUGACACUUGAAGCUUUAAGUCAUGUUCAAAAACAGACCUGGAGUUGUGUUUUGUUUCAUUCACGCAUGUUUGAGUCACACUUUAUUAUUAGUCUGUAACAUCUCCAAAGCUCAAAACGCGACGUUCCACCUUGUGAUGUCAUCAAGUGGUAGUUUUCACAGUUAACUCCUCCUUUUACCUUUAGUUCAGUUGAGAAAAGUGGUAAUUCCAGAAGAUGAAAUGAUCCAAAUGAUUCUAGAAAUGAAGGUGUGUGGAGUUUAAAAACACAGCGGAGCACUUCCUGUAUCACCACAUGAUGACAUCACAAGGUGGAACACAGUGUUUUCAGCUUGAGAGAAGAAGAACUCAGCCUAAAUAUGCAGGGUUUGUGUGUUAAACAUGUGAGAAUGAAACAAAAAAACAGAACUCCAGGUCUGUUUGUGACGAGGAAACGACAUUAGAACGGAUCAGAAAAUAGAGUAACAUGAGCCCGUUAAGUCGUCAAAACUACUUAAAUUUGACUUUCUGGAUUCAAGUAAUUUUAACAGACAGGUUACAUUCACACCUGUGGAACUCUACGUGAAAUUCACGAUAAAAAUAUGAUCUACAAACGUUUCUGAUCAUUAUUUUUCAGGAAUUAGCUCCACAGAGUUGCCUCAUUAAUCUCAGAGAGGCUCAACUUUGUGUCAGUUUUUAUUUCAUGUGGAUAGACCCAGAAAUGGGCUCAGUGCACAGCAGCGCGCUAGCUAGCUCACUGCGUCUCAAAGCUAACAGUCACUUUUAUUAAAAUGAGAAAACACAAAAUAUACAACAUAUUAAAAUUAAAAUUAACUGAAAUAAUGACUACCUGAUUAUUUUUAUAUGUAGAAUACUUCAGUUUGUGGUGUUGUUUUUAAUAUUUAUUAUGCCUCAAAGUUAGCGUUAGCAUUAGCGUUAGCAUUGAGACACAAACAUGUCUCUUUCUAAACGCAGCUCCCUGUCCACUGCCUUAUCUUUAAAUAUUUGUUAAUUUUAGAGUGACUUGGCAAAAACGUCAUAGAUAAAGAGAUAAAAUUGGACAGGAAGUAGUGACGCUAACAGUGAGGAUGGGGGGCGCUGUUGUGCAAUCUGACAGUUACACGGCAAAUUCCACUGUAGAGUUUUGACCUGUCUCUAAACUGUGGUGCAACCUGUUCAGAUAUAUUGCAGUGUUUCUUUGGCUAUUUCUCUUCUGGCGUUCUUUAUUUUAAUAUUUUUUUUCAAAUAAAGAACGCUAUUUUUAUUACAAAUUUAAUGCGUUACAGCCGAAACCAUCGAUGCACUUCAACAAUCUCGCCAACAUUUGGAAAUCAGACGCUCCCGGAGAUAAACGAACUAUAGCAACUUACAACUAUCUCUGCAAAAAAAUAACCCUACAUCAGAUAAACCUACUUGUGUUCAGAAUAUUCACGUUUACACCCGUUUUAAAUGAUUUAUUCACUUUACGAGAGUCUGUUUACGAAGCCACAGCUGCCCUGGGGCGACUGACAGUAACGUGGCUUCCAGUUUGUGCCAACAGCAGCCUCUCUGAUCAUAACUCAAAUUCAAUUAUACAGGCAAGUACUGUAUUUUCAGAGUAUAAGUCGCACCAGCCAAAAAAAAUGCAUAAUAAUGACGGAAAAAAAAACAUUUAAAUAUUUUUUCCAUCGAAACGACACAUUUUUUUUACUUCAUUGUUUCAUAAUUCUGCUUUAAAUAAGAAGCAGUUGUCUUGAAAUCAGUCAAUCUAUUUCAUAUUCUGAAUUCCAGUAACUAAAUCUCAUGUAGAUGUUAUUUCUUGCAGCGUUUAAACUGAACAAAUCCAGAUGUUUGUUUUGGGGUUUGCUGUUUUGAGUGUGAACGAAUGUGUGAACCGUGUGUUUUAGACGAUGUGUUUCUAUUGGUUUUAUUUGACAUGAUUUGGACCUGAAAAUGUUGAUGCUCUCCACUAAUACUGGUGCCCGAGAUAAAAUACAACAAGCUCUGUGCACAGUAGCACUCUAGCUAGCUCACUGCGUCGCCAAGCUAACAGUCGCGUUUAUUAAAAUCGGAAAACGUGAAAUAAACGACCUAUUAAAAUACAAAUUAAUUAAAAUAAAUAAAGACUAUCCAGUUAUUUUUAUAUGUAGAAUACUUCAGUUUAUGGUGUUUUAAAAUGUAUUGUGCCUCAAAGUUAGCAUUAGCGUGAGCAUUAGCGUUAGCAUUGAGGCACAAACAUCUCUUAAGUGUCUCUAGUGAAGUAUUAAUUUUAUUAUUUGUCAGUGACAUUCACCCGCAGCUCCCUGUCCACUGCCUGACCCUGACCCUCUAACCUCUGACCCUUGACCCCUAACCCACCCGCAGCUCCCUGUCCACUGCCUGACCUCUGACCCCUAACCCACCUGUAGCUCCCUGUCCACUGUCUGAUCUUUAAAUAUUUAUUCAUUUUAGCGCGACUCUGCAAAAACCUCAGAGAUAAAACUGGACAGGAAGUAGUGACGCUAACAGGAAGUAGUGACGCUAACAGUGAGGUUGGCGGCGCUAUUGUGCACAGAGCUCAUUUCAAACUAUUUAAAUUUUGUAAUAAUGUUUAAAUUUGGAACAAUUCCUGCCUCUGCCUCUCCUUUAGCUGAAAUUCCAGACUUACAAACAGCACUAUUCCAACUGCAUUUAUGAUCCUUUUUUUUGUGAGUAAACCAUCUGUAUUUUAAAGCCACACUGUGCAGCUUUUCUUCUGACGCCACUGUCCGCGUCUGACUCCAUGGAGGUGUGACCGCUUUGCCUCGGGAUGUUCCACAAUAUGGCAUUAAACCCAUCUGUCUACAUGGCGUCUCUUCGCUUACAGACGUUGUGUUGCUUAAAAACACGAUCCGAUCUGUAACUUGGGCUCGUCUCCACGGAGAUAGAUCACUCUUGGAGACGAGCACGACCAGACCCGCCAGUAGAAAAGUUCCGCAGUGUGCCUUUAACACAUUUUGACAGAUUUCUAUGGUGAUAUUUUGAAGGGUGCCAGUAUAAAUGGUCAGGGGCUGUUUAUGGGUGGAAUCGAUCAAAUGCUGUUUAUUUUUAUGCAACUGGACAAAUACAAAAUUGUUUUAGGAUGUCGUGGAAAGUUAUUUGAACAGUUUAAA